CGACAGGUACUGAUUUGAUCCAGUUCCAACUUUUUAAAAUCUUUGAUCUCCAUCAAAUGGCUUAAGAUUUUAGGUUGGACCCUCGAGUAAAGGUACUAUGAGGUAUAUGAGGAGGGAUCCAACGACUGGAGACCUUCUUUUCUUUGUCUAUCUUAGCACAAAACUAGAUUGGACAUCUUGUUCUCAUGACAAAUAAAAAUAUCAUCCUAGAUGUUAUGCCCUUUAGUAAAAUCAUUUUGAUUGAAGGAAAUAAUACGAUCAAGAAGGGGUCUUAGUCGAUGAACCAUAAUGCAAGUGAUGAUUUUAUAUGCAAAAUUGUAGAAAUUGAUCGGAUAAUAAUCUCAAAUUGUCGAUGAAUAUUCCACUUUUGGAAUUAAAGCGAGAUUAAUUCACAAAUCUGAUAAAAUAGCCUUUAGAAAAAAAUUCUUUCCUCGUGGAAGUGAUGCCAAUUCCUAUUUUUAAAAGAAAAAUUCAGAAAAACUAUUUUUUGCAUUAGGAUUUUGAUGCAUUCAUACUCAUAAUAGGGGAAUAAAUUUCAUGAUCAGAGAUAGGACUAAGGAGAUUAUUAUUAUUUGGAGAAAAAAAUCUCUCAUAUCCACUCAAAGUCAAAUCAUAAACAAAUGUUGAAAAUAAGAUGUGAACAUAAUAGCUAUGUCCUCUCUUUCGGUCAAGGUAGUACUAGCAACAUUAAUACAUCUGAUGAGAUUAUGAGCUUUACGCUUAAAUGCCGUGAGAUGAAAAAAUUUUGAGUUUGUAUCGUCAAAAUGAAUCCAGUCCAAUGUUGAUUUUUGAAAUCAUAACACUUCCCGUUGAAGAAUAGUCCUUUUUAUUCUGUUGAUACAUUCGAUUAAUAAAACGUUUCACAAUUAGUGAACUAGAUUUAUUGUCAUAACCUAGAUUUAAGUUGAGUCCUUUAUAUUUCUUAGGCUGACAAAUCUUAAACCAACUAAUUGAGGGUGUAAGCUUGAUUCUCUUGAAAGCCAAAAACAUUUUCGACUCCACUUAUCUAUAGCUUUAAGCAUAGACUAAGUCAAUCAAAAAACAAAACAUAUAAUGAAUGGGAAGAGUAGAUAAUAUAUAUUGUAUUAGAGUGUGCUUUCUAGUAUAGCUUAAGAAUUUCGUCUUUCGAAUUUGAAGCUUGUGAUUCACUCAAUUAAUGAGAUUUUCAUAAUCAACUUUAAAGAUUUUUUCACCUAUAGGAAUUUUGAGAUACAUAUCCAUUCUUGAAGUUGGAAGAAGUUGUAAAAACUCAUUAAACUGCCUCUUAAUACUAAGAUAAUAUUUGGACUAUAUUGGACUCUAAAUUUUGAUAGAUUUAUAAGUUGAUCACAAUAUUUAUCAAGAACGUCCACGAAUUUAUGAAUGUCACGCAAAAGUUAUAUUAGAUAUUGAUGACGUGACACAAAACCACUUGAUAUUUGGGCUGUGUUUGAAAAUACACUCUAACCCAGCAUCUAAUUUGGAGAUUGCAAUAAUACAUACAAACACGACCUUGGUUUCUUAUAGGGACCAAGGGAGAAGAUAAGGUACCUGUGCUAAACUGUGUGAUCGUCGUUAGCCAGUACCAUCCAUCAAAAUGCUAACUUUCCACGAUGAGGGCAGCAAGUCAACUCCAAGCCAACUUUUUUUCUUCGUCCUCAGAAGAAUCUCACUUCCUGACUGUGGCUCUUACUGCUCUGCUUAUCGCACAAUCUGUGGUAACCAAAACCCAAUUCCCAUAACCCAUGGGGAAGAUUCAGGCACGCAAGAAUCUUGCUCUGUUCUUUGUUCUCCAUUAUUCACUCGUCCAACUAGUAUCCUCAGCUUAUGUUCUUCCUGAAAAAUAUUUCAUCGACUGCGGAUCCAGCACCAAUGUUGCCGUAGACACUCGAAACUUCACUGGAGACUCCAACCCUAGCUCCUUUAACGUCUCUGCAAAUCCAGACAUCUCUGAAAAACUUGUAAAUCCCUCUUCUGGUUUAUCCCCUCUCUAUCAAAUCGUAAGAGUUUUCACUAGGCCCUCUUCCUAUGAGUUCAAUAUCGAUGACACUGGGAUGCAUAUGGUGCGCCUUCAUUUCUUCCCUUCCUCCUACCCAAAUUAUGAUACGGCCAUGGCUGUGUUCAACGUUUCUGCCGCUCCUGUGUUUUCUCUGUUUAUGAAUUUUAGUGUCUUGAACAGUGCUAACACACCUGUUCUGAAGGAGUAUCUACUAAGUAUCAAAAGUGGGAAAUUUUCAAUCCUGUUCACGCCUUUACCUUCUCAUGGAAAAGCUUUUGCCUUUGUUAACGCCAUAGAAGUCUUCCCUGUACCUGUGGAUUUCAUCUCUGACGAAGUUCAGUUUCACAUCUCUCCUUCUGGAAGUAAUGGGGUCUAUCAGGGUCUUCAGUCUCAGGUUUUAGAGACUGUCCAUAGGAUCAAUGUCGGAGGUCUCAAGAUUACACCUGAAAAUGACUCUCUUUGGAGAAAUUGGAUUCCAGACGACAUGUAUCUGUACAUACCUGCAGCGGCGAGGAACAAGUCUAACUCUACCAUCCUUCAUUACCAAGGAAGAGCUACUGAAUAUAUUGCUCCUGCCCAUGUCUACAUGACAGCCAAAGAAAUGAACAUGAAUGCGUCUUCAGGGUCACAGGUCAAUAAUUUCAACAUUACUUGGCGUUUUAAUGUGAGUAAGAAUGUUAGUCACUUGGUCCGGGUACACUUCUGCGACAUUGUAAGUACUGAUCUUCAUACCCUGGACUUCAGACUCUUCAUCAAUAAGCAUUUCAUGCAGAAAAUCGAUCUUUCUCAGGCUACUCAGCAGCUUGCAGCUCCUUAUUACAUUGACUAUGUGGUUGAUUCAGAUGAUUCAGGCUUGAUGUGGGUCAGUGUAGGUCCAGAUUUGAAAGACCAAAACGCUAUUUUGAAUGGGUUGGAGAUCAUGGAAGUGAUGAACAAUAGGAGUGGGAGUUCAUCAUCGUUGAGUUGCAAUCCAAAGAAGAAAAAUAUUCCUCUGCUGGUGGGUUCAGUCCUAGGAAGCGCUGUUUUCAUGGGCAUUUUGAUUUUUGCGGUCCUGGGACUGAAACAGCGCAGGAAACCAAAACCAAAUGAAAUCACCACAUGGUUGCCAUUGUAUGAGUGUGGAGGAAGUUCAUCCAAUAGGUUGUACGAAGGGACUACUAAUGGCUCCCCUGUCCCAAAUCUAGGUCUGAAGAUUCCUUUCAAUUAUAUACAGAUUGCCACCAACAAUUUUGAUCCGAAUUUGCUUAUUGGGUCUGGUGGAUUUGGGAAAGUCUAUAAAGGGGUUCUGGGAAGCAGAAACAUGAAAGUUGCUGUGAAACGAAGUGAACCAGGAGGAGGUCAGGGCCUUCUUGAAUUCCAAACUGAGAUCACUGUCCUGUCCAAAAUCCGGCAUAGACAUCUUGUUUCCUUGAUUGGGUAUUGUGAUGAGCAAGGAGAGAUGAUAUUGGUUUAUGAAUUCAUGGAGAGAGGGACACUAAGAAGCCAUCUCUAUGAUUCAAAUUUACCUUCUUUAUCAUGGAAACAGAGGCUUGAGAUAUGCAUUGGUUCGGCGAUAGGCCUUCAUUACCUUCACACUGGUGCAGAAGGAAGAAUCAUUCACCGCGAUGUGAAGUCUACAAACAUCUUACUUGAUGAGAAUUAUGUGGCUAAAGUUGCAGAUUUUGGUCUUUCGAAGCCAGGACAGUCUCUGGAUCAAAGCCAUGUGAGCACAGGUGUGAAAGGAAGCUUUGGGUAUGUUGAUCCAGAGUAUUUUAAAAGUGAACAAUUGACAGAAAAAUCAGAUGUGUACUCCUUUGGAGUGGUACUGCUUGAAGUACUAUGUGCGAGGCCGGCAAUCAAUAGAUUGCUUCCGAGGGAUCAAGUGAAUUUAGCUCAAUGGGCAAUGCAGAGGCAUAAGAAGGGGCUCCUUGAGCAUAUAAUAGAUCCUUUGCUGGUGGGUAAGAUCAAUCCCAGCUCUGUAAAGAAAUUUGUGGGGACUGUAGAGACAUGUUUGAGUGAAUGUGGUGCUGAUAGACCCACCAUGGGAGAUGUAUUGUGGGACUUGGAAUACGCAUUAAAGCUUCAAGAGACGGGAGGAGUGCAGAGGGAACCCCAUGAGGACAGUACUAUCUCUGGUGUGCCUAAGCUCCCAAUGCCUAGAGUUCAGUGUGUUCCUUCACUGAUUGAUGCAAUUGACACAGAGGAUGAAGUGCUGACGAUGAUGAGUGAAAGCGUUUCGAAACUAUCGGAAAGCCAAGUCUUCUCCCAAUUGAUGAUCAAUGACGGCAGAUAGUCUCAAGCAAACAAUCACCCAAAGCCUUCCUCAUAUGUUUAUGAUUCUGCUUUUGAUGGAACCAAUCAAUUAUCCAUGUUGUGUACCUAUAGUUAUAGUUUGUUAGUUUCUUGAAUUUCUGUUGCUUAAUUAGACAGUAUCCUUUAAUGUUACUUUCUCAAUAAAUGAAAGGAAAACCUACUAUGGCA